AUGUGGACUUUAGCUUAUUUGGUAAGUUCACCGCCGUCAAUUCACCUCGGGGAAAGUUCACCUCGGGGAAAGUUCACCUUGGGGAAAGUUCACCUCGGGGAAAGUUCACCUUGUGCAAAGUUCAUCUCGGGGAAAGUUCACUUUGGGGAAAGUUCACCUUGGGGAAAGUUCACCUCGAGGAAAGUUCACCUCGGGGAAAGUUCACUUCGGGGAAAGUUCACCUCGGUGAAAGUUCACCUUAGGGAAAGUUCACUUCGGGGAAAGUUCACCUCGGGGAAAGUUCACCUCGUGAAAGUUCACCUCUCGGGAAAGUUCACUUCGGGAAAGUUCACUUCGGGGAAAGUUCACCUCAGGGAAAGUUCACUUCGGGAAAGUUCACUUCAGGGAAAGUUCACUUCGGGAAAGUUCACCUCGGGAAAGUUCACUUCGGGAAAGUUCACCUCGGGAAAGUUCACCUCAGGGAAGUUCACCUCGAGGAAAGUUCACCUCAGGGAAAGUUCACCUCAAGGAAAGUUCACCUCGGGGAAAGUUCACCUCGGGGAAAGUUCACCUCGUGAAAGUUCACCUCGGGGAAAGUUCACCUCGGUGAAAGUUCCCCUUGUGGAAAGUUCACCUCGGGGAAAGUUCACUUCGGGGAAAGUUCCCCUUGUGGAAAGUUCACCUCGGGGAAAGUUCACUUCGGGGAAAGUUCCCCUUGUGGAAAGUUCACCUCGGGGAAAGUUCACCUUGGUGAAAGUUCACCUCGGGGAAAGUUCACCUCGAGGAAAGUUCACCUCGGGGAAAGUUCACCUCGGGGAAAGUUCACCUUGGGGAAAGAUCACCUCGUCGAAAGUUCACCUCGAGAUUUUAUCCCGGGUGAAAUAUCUCCAUAAAAUGAAAAAAAAAAAAGAAGCAAUUUUUAAUCUGUUCUAA